AUGAGCUCAACGUUCCGCCAAUUCCUCCGUACCGCCACCCCGCGCUUCGUCCUCAGCUGGACAGUCGACUGUCUAGGCAUUUUCUGCGCCGCGAUCCUGAUCCGCGAACACUUCUACACAGUCCAACGCAGCGAAGGUCCUUCUAUGAUACCCACCUUCAGCGUACGGGGAGACUGGCUACUCAUAUCACGGCGACACGAUCAAGGCAAAGAUAUCCAAGUCGGCGAUGUGGUGCGCUUCUCGCAUCCGUCGUUUUUGGGCGUUAAUGGUGCCAAGAGGGUGAUUGGUAUGCCGGGGGAUUUUGUGUGUAAGGAUCCGGUGUAUAGUACGGAUGUUGGGGGGAAUAAUGAGAUGAUUCAAGUCCCCGAAGGACAUGUCUUUGUCGCGGGUGAUAACCUGCCCUGGUCCAGAGAUUCGCGAAACUACGGUCCUGUGCCUAUGGGAUUAAUAAACGGCAAGAUUAUCGCGCGAGUAUGGCCGUGGUCGAAAAUGCAAUGGGUUGAGAACAAUCUUCAACCACACAAUUCGGAUGAGCAAUAGGCACGUGUAUUUGUGAGAAUUAGCAUAGGGACGGCGUUGGAAGAGGAAUGUACAUAUAUAAUUUUACACUUCUAAAGUACAUAUUGAAACGAAAAGGUGAAAACAAAUACGCCGCUUGAAAUAUUGACUGAUCAUCGGAACGAAGCUGGGUUUCUCCGCUUAUAAGGUAGAGGUUCAACUCUCUUCCUGCGUAGCUCAAUACCAGCAAUAUCCGUGCCCAGCUCCUUCAUAACUGCAUCAGUAUUCUCAUCCCACUGGGUACGGAAGAGCGCAGCACCGACGGGUUUCAAGUGGUGCUUGGAUUGUAAGGUUCGAAGACGGAAGUCAUGUCUUUCGAGGCCAUUCUUAAUGGCAGCAGCGUCUAAUGGCUGGUUGCCCUUUUGCUCCAUCACAAAGAAGGAUAGACGGUGGUAGGGACUACCUUUUUGAGCUGCUGGUGGAAGCCAUGAGAGCAAUGUCUCCGCGGUUUCUGGCAACUUGGCCAGAUCAACAUGUGUGUCGGUGGGAGAGAUGGGAACGUUGACGGCGAGAUAGUGGCAUUGAUAAUCGAAGCCGUUUGUCUCGACAUUGGGAAUAUCCGGGUUGACGACGGCGAUCGUGACGAGCUUUUGCCCGGCCUCGAAUGAUUGAACAUUCAACUUUGGCGCGGUCAUGCUAAGUCUGGAAUCGACAAAUGAUCCAGGAGCAAUAGCUGUGCCAUCAAAAUAUAGCUUGACAUCAACGGUCGGGUCGCAAGAAGGAAGAACAUCAGGAAUGACUUUCAUCUGCGUGAUUCUUUGAAUAAUGAUCAAGCGUCGGUAUUCCCUCCACUUUUUGUCCGCCAAGUGUCGGUAAAUUGGCAGGUUCAUGU